GUUCAUGUGGGGGUAUCUGCCCGGAGCUCUGCCGCAGAGGUCGCCGCUUCUGUCGCCGACGGUCGUGCGGACGGCCGGAGCUGAGUACGCGUGGAAGGAUGUGUGCGGUGGCGGCUGCGGCUUCGCCAUGGCCAUUUCAGUCGGAAUUUCAAACUGGUUGCAUCGGGGAUGCAAGAACCAGCUAGCUCUGGGUUCGAGUGGCAUUUCACCCCUAACCACAACUCAUUCGCUGAUCGGGCACACUGUCUUGGCAAACCGGCUUUAACCCGCAUUUGCUUUAAUUUGUGGCAGUUGAUACACUAUUAUUUUUCUCCCUAAUGCUGUUUUACCAUAUCUGUUUGUGUAUGUUUUCUCUUCAAAGUGCAUUUCUUUUUGCUCUUUUACGAUUCUUUAAUGUUACAUUUUGACUCAGAACCUGGAAAGCUUAUUACAUGGGGAUCAACAGAUGAUCUGGGCCAAAGCUAUGUGACAUCUGGGAAGCACGGGGAAAAUCCGGAACCUUUUCCUCUUCCAAAUGAUGCUUCUAUUGUAAAGGCGGCCGCGGGUUGGGCCCAUUGUGUUGCAGUCACAGGUAAUGCUGAUUUCCCAACUGCAUUUUUCUCAAAAGAGUGGAUUUUAUUCAACCUAGUGAGUAAAGAAAAUGGACGAGUUUACACUUGGGGAUGGAAAGAGUGUGUUCCAUCUGGGAAGGUCUUUGGGGAGCAAUCUAUGGGGCCAGACGGUGAAAAGGAUGCAUUUGAAAGGCAGAGUUCUUUUUUGACCGAGCAAGUUAGCCCUCGCUCUCAUGGCUCACAAUCCACUGCCGGGGCAGUUUCUGCUAGUGAAGAAAGUACAAAGCGAAGAAAAUUAUCUUCAGCAAAACAAGCGGCUGAAUGUUCAUCAUCUGGUGAUGAACCUCCGUCUGCAUUGCCAUGUCUUGUGGCAUUGAAUCCGGGAGUUAGAAUAGCCAGUGUAGCUGCUGGAGGGCGCCAUACUCUGGCAUUAUCAAAUGGAGGACAAGUGUGGGGAUGGGGCUAUGGAGGUGAAGGGCAGCUUGGUCUGGGCUCCCGCAUACGUAUGGUGUCCUCUCCUCAUCCUGUACCUUGCAUUGAGUCCUCUUAUGGAAAAGAUGGAUCUGCAGGACUGUCUAGAGGAACCAUAGGUUCAGACGGAUAUGGUCUUAGGGUUCCUGGGAAUUAUGUGAAGGGGAUUGCCUGUGGAGGGCGACAUAGUGUAGUAAUCACAGAUGCUGGAGCUGUACUUGCUUUUGGGUGGGGGCUGUAUGGACAGUGUGGGCAAGGAAGCACAAAUGAUGAAUUACGCCCGACUUGUGUAUCUUCAUUACUGGGUAUCCGGAUAGAGGGUGUUGCUGCAGGACUGUGGCACACUGUCUGCAUUUCAGCUGAUGGUGAUGUUUAUGCAUUUGGCGGGAAUCAGUUUGGACAGCUGGGUACCGGAACUGAAGAAGCUGAGAUUAUACCAAGACUUUUGGAUGCUCCAGUUCUGGAAAACGUGAAUGCAAAGAUUGUUUCCUGUGGGGCGCGUCAUAGUACCAUAAUCACCGAGGAUGGGAAAGGUUUCGCCUGGGGAUGGAACAAGUAUGGUCAGCUUGGCCUGGACGAUGUGAUCGACCGCAACAUUCCGGCUCAAGUCACAAUCGACGGAUGUGUGCCGAAAAAUGUGGCGUGCGGCUGGUGGCACACCUUACUGCUUGCUGAACCUACUUGAGUUCCCCCAGUCCAAGGGCAAUCGUACAGUUUUGUUAGGUAGCCGUGUUCAAUGUCCAUUGAAGUCAGUAACUUAUUGGUUCCAUGUACAUACUGUGGUUUGGAACUGUAUAUACAUAUACGUAUACAUAUGUAUUUAUGUAUGUAUAUGCAUGUACUCAUUCUUUCACAGCGGACGUCCUCCACGAUUGGCGUAAUCUCGGGCACGGUCACGAUAUCGUAAUACGUAUCAGUUCCCAUAUGUACAACUAAGGCUGUGUAAAUUCUGGUUUAUCCAAUUGGAAGUGGCUGUGAUGUAAUCAGACGCCUCGAAAUGUUAUGUAAUCGUUGUGUAUUUUCUUAGGAAACUUGCAACUAUGUGGGGAAUGCUAUGGAAAUUUCCUUGA